UGUGCUACACGCAAGACUCUCUGACAGGCUCCUGAUCUUAAAGACACACAAAAGCUUUUUGUCAUUUAGUUGCUUGAGCGACGUUCCUUAAGGCCAACAGAAGAACAGGAACAAUCGGCCAACUCUCCGAAGGAGGGCUCUCCUGGCUUUAAAAAGUCCUUUUGAUUCCCUUAUAGUUCUCUGCAAAGGGGAACUGUUUUUUUCUCCUCACAACUCUUGAGUAAGAAAUUUCGCUGUAGCUGCGCCUUCACAGUCCGUUUGAAGAGGAAUGCAGCCCAAUUCCUUCCCUCACAGCACACUUCUAGUAAAAAACACAUUUCACAGGCUCAAAAAAGACACAGGAAAGAGGGAACGCGUUUAAUGUGAGGAAAAGUGCAAAGAUUAUCGGAAAGUCCCCUCGGAUUGACGAUCUGUGAAGCGUGUGAGAGGCUUUGGGAUCAACAGAAAACUUGUAACGGACUAAAAAGACGUAGGACGGCAGAUCGAAAUAAAGCGGGACUUGGCGAAAACUCAUGAAGAGUGGCUUGGCGUCCAGGACCUUGCGGACCGGCUGUGUGUUUUGGAGCAACUUGAGGAGCUUCUUCAGUCCAGUGACCCUAGCCAUUGUCAGCACCAUGAGCAGCCAGAAUUGACACACGACAGCGUCUACAGCAGCCACAGAGAUGUUUCGGAAAAAAGCCUCAUCCUCCUUGAGAAUGCGAGGAAUAUCAGAAAACAAUAGAUGGAGUGUGGACCGUGCCCGAAGCUCCUCCUUCCAUGAGGUAGGCAGGUCACGGGAGCUGGAAAUGAGGGCGGCAGCCUCAGUUUCCGAGGACACAUCAGCUAGCAGCAGUAGUGGUAGUGGCCAUACGGUUCUACAGCGGCUCUUACAGGAGCAAAUGCGCUAUGGCGAGGGCCGAAAUUAUCUUGCCUUGCAGCAACAGCAACAACAACAACAACAACAACAGCAACAGCAGCAGCAGCAGCAACAACAACAAGGUCCAAUAAGUGGAUACCCGGGCCCUGGCAGCCCAGGGGAUGAGCACUCCAUGGUCUCUCACAUUGCGAGGCAGGAGCCUCAAGGCCAGGAGCUGCAGGCCGACAGCGGCAUGGAGAAGCUUAGCACACGCACUGGCAGUGGAGGCACGGGGUCAGGUGGUGGAAGCUGUGUGAGUAGACAAGGGCAGAAUCCCGAAGACUUGCCCACCUAUGACCAAGCCAAGGUGCAGUCGCAGUAUUUCCGUGGCCAUCAGCCCCAGCAGCCUCAACCACAGAUACCCCCAUCAGUGGGUGCUGCAUUUUAUGUGACUGGUGUCAGCAACCCUAAGGUGCGACCCCCAGAGGGCAGGCCUACGGUGCAAAGAGUGAACGGAGGCAAAGUGCACCAGGAUGAUGGGCUAAAGGAUCUUAAACAAGGACAUGUACGUUCGCUCAGCGAAAGACUAAUGCAGCUCUCGCUGGCCACCAGUGGGGUCAAGGCCCAUGCGCCUGUUACCAGUUCACCACUUUCUCCCCAGCUGCCUCCACCUGGACUUCCUGGAGACUAUUAUAAACCCACUGGGCCCCCACACAGAGGCCCACCUCCAGACUACCCUUUUAAAGGAAUGCCCUCUCCACCCAAACAACAGCAGCACCAUCAGCCUCAGCACCAGGAGCCUGGGCACUUCUACCCAGACCACCGUGGCACAAGCCAGCCAGCUAGGGCUGAUAUUCCUCAUGUCCGUUACCAGCCACCACCAGAAUAUGGCUCUUUCCGGUCAAAUAAGGAGAGUUCAAGUCACUCUCAAAGGUCUGUCCAUCACCACAGCCCUUCAUCUUCUGUUACGUCAGGGGGCUCACUUUCCCGUGCUCAGUCCGCCACUCUCAGCAGCAUCAUGGCCUCUUCCCACCCUCAUCCACCUAUGGGUCACCAGGGAGAGCACUUCCUCACCAGUGCUCGUAGCUCACAGGGGCCUGGUUCCCACCAGGGGGAUCCAUAUGGUCCAAGUCACCCUCCACAUCAGCGGAGCCACGCAUUUCCUCAUGAUCAUUAUGGGUCAGCUCCCAGGGGCCUCCACAUGCAUCAGCACCAGUACCACCAACAGGGCCCCCAGCAGCAGCAGCAACAGAGUCCAGGACAACACUACCCACAUCCACACUCCAUGCAGGGAGAUCCUUAUGCCAUGCUAGCCCGUGCCCAGCAGAUGGUGGAUAUGCUGUCCGAAGAAAACCGCUUGCUUAAGCAAGAGCUGGAAGUGUGUGGGGAGAAGGUGUCCAAAUUGCAAAAGCUGGAGACUGAGAUCCAGAUGGUGUCUGAAGUCUAUGAGAACCUGGCCAAAUCAUCCACAAAGAGGGAAGCUCUCGAGAAGACCAUGAGAAAUAAGCUGGAGAUGGAGGUGCGCAGGAUGCACGACUUCAACAGGGAUCUAAGAGAGCGAAUGGAAACGGCCAACAAGCAGCUUGCUGCAAAAGAGUGUGAAGGCACCGAGGACAAUCGCAAAACCAUCUCACAGCUUCUGGCUCAGAUUAAAGAGAUUCAAAGAGAGAAGGAGAAGCAGGAUAUCGAGUUUAAUUCACUUCGCUCCACCAACGAGGACCAGCGCAGACACAUAGAGAUCCGUGACCAGGCCUUGAAUAACGCCCAAGCCAAAGUGGUCAAGCUGGAGGAGGAGCUGAAGAAAAAACAGGUAUAUGUGGAGAAGGUGGAGCGGAUGCAGCAGGCUCUAGCACAGCUUCAAGCUGCUUGUGAGAAGAGAGAACAACUUGAGCAUCGGCUACGCACACGACUGGAGAGAGAGCUCGAAUCACUGCGAAUGCAACAGAGGCAGGGUGGUUCUCAGAACCCAGUUAGUCCUGAGUUUAGCACAGCAGCUCUGAUGGAGCACCUGAGAGAAAAAGAGGAGAGGAUUUUGGCCCUGGAGGCCGACAUGACAAAAUGGGAGCAGAAGUACCUGGAGGAGAGUGUCAUGAGACAGUUCGCGCUGGACGCCGCUGCUUCUGUGGCCACACAGAGAGACACGUCCUCUGCCAUCAUCAGCCAUUCCCCCAGCAGCAGCUACGACACUUCGGUGGAGGCACGUAUCCAGAAAGAAGAAGAGGAGAUCCUCAUGGCUAACCGCCGCUGUCUAGACAUGGAGAGCAGGAUCAAGAACCUGCACGCUCAGAUCAUAGAGAAGGACGCCAUGAUAAAGGUACUGCAUCAGCGCUCACGGAAAGAACCGGCCAGCAAAUUAGACGCCCCUGCCAUGAGGCCCUCCAAGUCCCUCAUGUCCAUAGCUAUGGGCACCGGCAGCUCCAGCGGCUCCGGGCUGCUCUCACACUCUAUGGGUCUGAGCGGAAGCAGCCCCAUCACAGAGGAGCGCAGGGAAGACCGCAGCUGGAAGGGCAGUCUGGGUGUUCUGCUCGGCCCAGAGUUCAGAGGUGACUCUCUGAGAACAGAGUCCAUCUCCUCCUCUCCAUCUCCAGUCCUGCCCUCCACCCCCAUGCCAGCCGCCACACACUCGAAGACCGGCAGCAGAGACAGCUGCACCCAGACUGAAAAGGGUCAGGAGGCCAGCAAGCCAAGCACACCUGCCCUGCAGAGCGUAUCCGGACCGAGCCGGAUCAGCAGCCCGAGCCCAGUCUACAUACCAGACCGCAUCGCCGAUGUUCCAGUAUUUCACAGCAGUACAUUAGAGAGGAGAGCUCCAGUGCAGUCGCCCCCGCAGCAGAGCCUGCCCCCGACGCCACUCCCAGCGCAGGACAUGGACAGCGAGAUGGUGGAGAUACUCAUCUGAUCACACACACACACACAUUAAUUAAGAGCUCGAAGCAGGUGAAGGAAUCUGUGCACUUCUCUUCUCUCCGUUACUCUCAGAUCAAGACUGUCAGGAUGCUUAGGAAUGCAUUCGAAUCUGCGAUCAACAAUAUACGACUUCAUUUACAAUCAACAUUUGUUUUUGUUACAGUAUUGUCUGGUGGUCUUUUUCCUCAUCCAGACCCCCGGACCAAAUAUAUUGCCAUCAUUUUUUUUUUUUUUACAUUUAUUGCACUACUUUUGUUUGUUUUUACACACACUUUCUUGGUUAUGCAAUUGUUUUGUUGUGUAUAUGUACUAAUAAUACAAAUGUGGCACUUGAGUAUCAAGCGAUAUGGUGACUAGCCGAACAGUUGUUACGUGUAAAUACUGAACCGGAAUACUGUAAAACUGAAUGUCAUAUUGCCUUUCGUAUUCUAGGACGCAUUGUCUGUUCAGCUCGUACUGUACAGUUCACCGAGCAAUGGACCAACAAGCGUUUACCUGUGUCCACAAGCUUUGUGAAAGUAUGAGUAACCCAACUGGUUUUGGGUUUGUCUGUGUGAGAAUCAGAACCGAGGUCCAUCAUUCCAGUAGAGCUACAGCAGCCCACAACGUGCCUUGAGUGAGCGGUAUCCACAUUUAGCGCGGGGUGAUAGUCAGGGGUCCAGGAUUUCCCGGUCUGUCCUUUCACGGUUUGGAAAGCCUCCAAACCUCUCGUUUCAAUGUGAUGGUUACUUUUAAGUCAUGGUUUUGUUUUGUAGAUAACAAAUGAGCUUUUAUCCAGUCUCGUGGUUGCAAGACAGACAUUUAGCUCUUGACCAAAGGAAUCCGUAAAAAAAAAAGACAAAUUAUACACAAGUGUUUUAAAGCAGGGCCAAGCAACGAUCCUCAUAUUAUUUAGAGGGUCUAACGUACCGCAAGAUUACAUGGAUGUGUAAAUGAGAUUCUUCCAUGAAAUCAGUAAAUAUCUAUGAAACCAUCUGAUUUCAAUGCUUUUUUUCCGCAUUUUGUCAUGUGCUUCUUCAGAACGUCCUCUGGAUCUUUGCAAGUGAUUUUCUGCUUGACGCUUGCGCACGUCACUGUGACGUCUGUUCAAUAUGUCCGUUUUCAUCUGGAACAUGUCACAUUUCAAGUGUUUGCACAUCUGAACAACCUUUCUGAAACGUUCCUUGGCAGAUGUUACAACAACGUUGAGCUGAUUUAUUUCUGAACUUUGCUCGUGUUUCUCAGGUGCUCAUACACAAAUACGAUAAAUAGUCUCAAAGAUGUUCUGCAGUGUGUUAACUGGGGCUUUUGGCAUUUCUGAAUGAAUAAACAUUCAAACGCAAGUUUUUAAAGCAGGCCAUCAUGUCAAAGAACUCAAAACUUCAGAUGAAUGAUUCUAGAUGCUUGGAUUAAUAUUAACAAUACCAUUUCAAAUUUGGGGUUGGUAAGAUUAUUAUUAUUUUUUUCAUUUGUUUUUAAAUCUUUAUGGUCACCAAGUCUACGUAUAUUUCAUUGAAACAAUUUAAAAUAAAAGCUUUCUAUUUGAAUAUAUUUUAUGUAGUUUAAUCUUGGGAUGGCAAAGCUGGAUUCCCACCAGCCAUCACAUGAUCCUUCAGAAAUCAUUUUAAUUGGUUGAUUUGGUCCUUAAGAAAUAUUUGUAUAGAAAUGUUUAUUGAAACAUAUUUCUUCUGUAUGUUUUCUGAAUAUAAAUAAGAUCAUACUACAAUUUCUGCUAGAUAAAAGUAAAAAUAAAACGAAAGAAAAAGAAAAAUCUUACUAACCCUAAACGUUUGGGUUAAACUUGCCCCCUGCAGGACACACACGUCAUUGCAGUAUAAAACCCAUUCCUCUUAAGGGGUCACCUGGUACAGGAAAUGUCUUGUUUUGAGCCAAUCAUCUGAGCCCUAAAUGCCAUGUGACUAAUGUGGAGCCAUUAUAUGACGAUUUCAAAAAUACAGGGCUAAAAAAAAAUAUCAUCCAACAUAGCAGUUUCAUAUUUAUAGUUCAGUUUUUGAGAUAAGACAACCACAUACAAUUCUAACACAAUCAAACCUGAUUUUCCCUAAAUAUUUGAUUUUAUAGCAUUUUUUUUUUCUUUUUUUUUGAAACAUGGACCAAAUUAAUUUGCGAGUAAUCAAGUAUUUGAGCACAGUCGGUCACAGUUCAGCACAUUGUGUGCGUCGGUACUUGACAUUUUGUACACAAUCAGUCUUUUCUCAUUUGCUCGAGAGAUAGAAACUAGUUAGUUUUCUUCCUUCCUGUCUUUCUUUUUUUUUAGAUAAAAUCUGAAAGAAAUAUUUCCAGCAUUGUUAGAUCACCCAUUGUCAAUGCUCAACAGCUGUGCAUUUAGGACAUUUUCAGCAAGUUUGAAGAGCACUAAUCUAAUUUGGAUACAAACUAAGACAAUGGACCAAAGAGUGGACUGAGACAAAGGUGGAACAAAAUACUGAUAAACAAGCUCAUUACAUUUCAAAUACAGUUCCCUGAAUGCAAACUGAGACGCUCCCUACUGUAAUGCUUUAAAAUGGUCAACAUGCAGAAAAAACCUACAGUUAAAGUCAGUGAUUGUGUGGUUUAUCUGGACAUUUCAUUACCAUGUUUAUCAGUUUGUUCUACCUGAAGCCUUAGUCUUGAUAUUUGAAGUAAUCUUGAUGGUCUUGCUACAUUUGAUACUUAAUAGUUUGAGUGGCUAAAGAGGAAUGUGUCGGUCCAUCUCAGGACGAAUUAUGAGAAUGUGUUUUUGUAUUAUUUUGUAUAGUAUGUACCCUUGUGUCCCAAUCAAUGGUUAUUUUACUUUUUUUUUUUUUUUCUCACGAGGAAUGUUUUUACGUUCAUUUCACUAGUAUUGGUUUCAAAAUGUCACUCUAGUUGCUGCUUGAUAAUAUUACUGUAAAAUGAUUAUACAUUUGAAUUAAAUUGUAUUCCUAGUCAUCA